CUAUCCAGCUCUUAUUAUACAUCCCUACCUCGGGGGGCCCCCCCACCUUGCGGGGGCUGCAGGGGUAUACUUUACGGCCCAGUAUAAGUUGCAUAAUGAUCAGACAUUUAAUUUACAUGAAUUUCAGGUUUGACUUAGAUUUGAAAGGGGGCUUCACAAAGUCCUCAGGAAUGUGGGUUAGUUUAUGGCUUUGGUGAUAAGAGUCUGUCUUCCCUCUAAGUUGGGAGUUGUUUUACCCUGGUCCAAGUGACCUUUAGGAAGAAUUCAUGCUUUUGGUUCGUGUCAUAAUUCAACUUAUCAAAAUGGUUUAUUGGGAGGUCUUUGAGUCUGUUGAGCAUCACUGAUCAAACCCCCACUUAGGGUUACAAAGGUCAGUUCUGCAGGCCGAGGGUUUGCUCUUACAAUCCCUUAGGAAUCCAGGGAGUCUGUCUCUUAUUUUCCUUAAGAAUCAAAGAUUAGUUAACAGAAUUAAAGAACAAGCGGUUGUCCUCCUACAACACUAACAAAACUGAGCAGGACCACUUUCAACUCUGAAAAAUAGUCUGAUAACUUUGAUAUUUGAUUUGGUGUCUUGAGGAUGUCUGUGAAAAUUCUCAGUCAUCCAGGUCAUGGUUAUCCAAGGAGUGUUGAAUCGAGGGCAACUGGACUUGGCUGAAGAUACCUGAAGAUGUUUCUCAUCGAAGGGGCUUCUUCCAUUCUUACUAGUAUUUAACCUCUGUGGAGUCGUUAUCAAGGUCAUUGAUACCACUAAACUCGUUAGUGCUCCUGGCUGUUGUAAUGACAGUCAUUAAGUGUCAUUGGAGUCACAUGAGGUAGUCAUUGGAGUUGUCACAUGAGCCAAAAUGUGAAUGGUUGUUAAGUCUCCUGGGAAGGAAAGGACAGCAUUGAAGGUGCCCUCAGUGUACUCCCCUGUCUUGCAUACUUGAGGCUCAUCACUAAUCACCCAUGACCUGCUACCUGGUUUCCCAGUGGCUCUGUCUGUGGGAAUAGAAUCAAGGGUAAUUUAUUCGUAUUGUUUGCCAGAUCUUUUACAGUAUGAUUCAGCCUAUAAUACCUGCCUCAACCUGUUGCCAGUUAAUCUACCUAUUCUUGCCAAUUCUUCUUUGCCUGUGCAUGGGCUAGUGACAAAAAGUAUUUCCCCUUUGGGUAGUAAUAAAGCAGACUGUCACCAAAUACCUGCAAAACUAAUCACAUUCCCAUCAGCUUCAUCUGAAAACUGUGCUCAGUGCUAAUUAGUGAAUGUUAGCAUGCUAACACACUAAACAUUAUAUCUGCUUGGUAAAAACAACAUUAUAUAUGUGAGCAUGUUAUCUUGUUGAUGUUAGCAUUUAGCUCAAAGUACCACUGUGCCAAAUUCGAGCCCAUAGACUGUAUAUAAAGAUAUAGAUAUAGAUGGAUAAACAUAAUAACACAUCACAGAGCUGAUAGCAUGGCUGUAGACUCUUCAGUGUUGUUAAGUUGUCGAGUCGUAUUGAAUUUGCGUAAAAUUAAAAGAUUAGCUGUUAUUUUGUCCUGCUAUAAAAAAUGCCUUACUAAUGAACGCUGAUAAUGCAUCUUGUCUGCAUGGCGAGGAAGAGUAAUUUAUAAUUUCACGCUCCCCUAUCUUGUCAUUCUUUAUCAGUGGUAUUUGGAGAUGUCAGAAGUAGAAUCAGAUUUAUGUUUUAAGUUUGCACAUACAAGGAAUUUGUCUUGGUUUUGUGGUGCAUGACAAUCAAAAAAGUAGAAGGUAAGAGAAAAAACAAGUAUCUAUACAAAGUAAGAAAAGUAGAACUAGCACAAAAGACAGGUGGUAUGUCUGGAUAGAUAUCUUUUCUAGCGGAUACAAGCUGGGUUUUUUUUAAUCUCUAUCAUGAGGGCCUGCUUCCACACCUAUGGCACAGCUCUUUUUCACUGUUUAUGGUGAAAUUGGAGAAUGUGGGCGGAAUCUCCCUGUGAUUUUAAAAGGUAGAUGGUGAAAGUAUUGUGAAAUCCAAUACAUCCGGUGUGUAAAUGUUGCUGUGAUUUACAAAGAGACAGAUAAAAGGUUAUAUAAAUUAUUUGCUGUCUGCAGGACCUGAGGCAUUUCUAAUGUACCAGGCACACAGAAAAACUUGUACCCCCUGUAGCAGUGCAAUGUUGGAAAUCAGCCUAGUACUUUUGUCUUUUAUAAGUUUAAUUACAGCCUACACUGUUUGUUAUUUUGGUGUUACAGCCACAUUCCAGAUCAAGCUGUGUCAGCUUAACAAAUUUCAGCCAAAUUAAAAGAAAAUCUGUUAAGUAAAACAAAUUUAUUGUGUGUUCCCUGAAGAAAAACUCCCCAGCAAAACUCCUUGAACAAACAAUAGCUGAUCCUGAGAUAAUGGAGAGGGUUUAUUGCUGGAAAGUAUUAAUCUAACAAAUUCAAAUGCCAUGAUGCUUCAUGCUCAACACUACCCUGAGGUAAGGUCACAUUUUUUGGCAUUUCAUUGCAGAGAGUAGUGGUUUAAAUGAGUCAGACUGAGAUAAUAGAUUGUGCAAGAGAAUCUUCUCCAAACCGUAAACAGUACCUCAAACGUCUGUUAUAAUGUGACUCAGAUAAAUGUACCAGAUAGUAAUAAUAAACAAUAUAUUUUACAGUCUAAAUCUAUCUUAAUUGACUUUUUGUGAGUGUAAGUAAACAUAUAAAUAAUCAAAGUAAUCUUACAUGGAAAAAAUAUAGGUAACCAGCUAGAAAUGCAUAGAAAGGAGAUGUAACAAGAAUUUCAGGGAGAAAUCUAAUUAUAGAAAGAACAAAAAAAAAAAAAGAAAUACAGAAAUCUGUCAUCAUUGAAUUUUGUCUGAAGCCUGUUGACAAAUAAAAAUGAUUAUCCCAGCCUUCAGGAUUAGUUGAAAUAUAGUGUUUCAAGUUACUGCUAAUCUGGUUCGACACUUCAAUCACCCAUCCUGAAGAAAAUACAACGUCCUUAUUUCCACCAGCCCUUAAACAGCAAAUUGAACUCCUAUUUUAAGCUUUUCCUGAUGUAAUCACCAAAGGAUGGCAUAAACUCACUCUAACUUUAUGUGUAGCUGUAGUACUGCUUAUUGUCAGUGGCAAGGGUCAACAGAAAAUGUAGAAGGAAACACCAAAAAUGACUGAUAAAACUCAGUCAUUUUCACAAAUCAGGGAAGAAAAGCCCAUCCUCACAAGGACAGUUUCCUUAUAUGGUACUGCGGGUAUCAAAAUAAUAAUCCUCAGGUUAUUUUCUUGUUCUGAGGGUUGAAGAAGACAGAAAACUUUCACUCUGACUGUGUCUCAGGAGUCAGUUCAUUCCAGGGCAAGUCUACUCAUGUCCAAGUGUAAACUUGACACUGCCUGAAGUUUCUGCUAAAAUGCUGAGUCGCUGAAUGUUCUUUCAUAAGUCCUUUUGAGCUCGAGCACAUUAAAUGACAGUGGACCUAAAUCUUUAUCAUCCUACACUUGAAAAACAUUAUUGGCCGUAUGUUCAGAAGAACACAAAUGAUCAAAGCAAGCAGUCUCUCCUCUGCUGCGAGGACACAGCAUGUGUUUGGCUUGGUUUCCAUCAUCUGGCUCACUUCAGCAGUCAGUGCCGUUGGUGAAGCUGUGGGGGUACAGACCAUCCCUAGAGUGGUGGCACAGUGUGGAGACAAUGUGACGCUGACAUGUGACACCAGCUCAUUACGUCUGUCGGAUAUCACAUUAUUUUCCUGGGUGGGAACAAAUAAAACAUUGUGUGAAUAUAACGGCAAACAUGACCCUGAAGUUAUGUGUGAAAGCACCGCAGAGACGACCCACCAAAAGCUCACUCUGACUCUCAUCAACGUGAUGCCGAUCCACCAUGGAAAAUAUCUUUGCAAAGUACGCUCCAAAAUGGGAGUAAACAACAAUUCAAGUUUUGUUACGAUACAAGACUGCCCUGGAAGUUCUGGCUUCUUUAUCAAUGAGACUUAUGCUGAGUGUUGGUUCAAUGGAGUUUACCCCAGUGGCACAGUCCACUGGUUCCAAGGGGAUGUGGACUUAACUGAAUCUGCCAGCAUGCAGGAAGUUAAGGACAAACAUGGACGGUACGAUAUCACAAGUACAAUAAAUGUACAGAAAGGACACCUGACCCAGCCUUAUAACUGCUCACUGUGGCUACCUCAUGCCAAGAAGUAUUUCUCCAGUAAACAGCUACCUAUGGUGGGGGAAUCAGGGAGGUCAUCAGGCAGGUCGUCAGGGAGUGUAGCCAAACUGCAGUGGAUCUGUAUGAUAAUGGAAAUGGUGAUGGUGAAAUUUAUGAUGUAAAUGAGAUGCUACAAACAGGCAGAUUUCAGGUGUCGAUAGUUUGUUUCUCAAGAACCUGGAAUAUGGAAAAAUGAAAAGAGAAAUAAAAAUGAGCCAGUGAGUUAUGCAAUGAUUCAGGAUUUGGCGUAUUGGACAUUUUUCUGUUUUAUCCAUCCUAAUACAUCAUGUUUGUAAUUGUACAAUGCUGCCAUUGAGUGGAUAUGUUGUGUUUUUUAACAUGCUAUAUAAUUUCUUGUAUUUGAUAGCUUACAGACAACUGUCUAUUGUGGAGAGGGGGUUUAUAACUUUCAUAAUCACUCUUGUUUUUAAUGUUAGUUUUAUGCUCACUGUAACCAGGAACUUCUUUAUGUAGUUAACCUUCAUUUCCUCCUGAUGGCCAGAGGGAGGCAGUCUUCCCAUGCAAGAACAAUCAGUAGCAUUCACUGCUUCUAUAUAUUGUAAAUGCUGUAAAGGAGAACUCUGCUCAGUAUGUUUGUCCACAUAGAUUCAAAUUUGUUGCAAAUACAUGAACACUGAAGGAGAUGAAAUUUGCCACUAGUACUAUGACAUAACACGGUGGUUAAAUUGAAUACAUUGGAGACACAUGAGUCAAAACAUGCUAUGAAAUUAUUCCAUUUUUUUCAGUUAACCAUUUUAUUUGCUUUUAUGUUCUCAACAAAAAGUCACAGAUGCCAUUUUAUCACAUGUUCUAAGAUGUUUAUCAUUCACAUUUAACCCAAAAUACAGCCGUUGAUGUUGCUAAUCUUGUCUGGACAAAAUGCAGUGGAUUGCACAUUGAGGACUUUAAAGUCAGUUUUGUAACAUGCUUCAUACUCAGAGUGUAAAAUUUAAUAAAUGCAGUCUAUGUAAA